UUGAUCUACGCAAUCGGGCCCUCACACCGCCUACAUAUUAAGCUGGCCCGCAAAAUCUAGUGAGGAGAAAGAUCUCAUUCUGCAAUCGGCGAUCUCGUUCCAUGGCAGCCGCGGCCGCCGGAGCGACGAACGCCGCCACCAAGCACAAAGAGAUCAAAGGCCUCCUCCUCGGCCGCUACGAGGUCGGCAAGCUCCUCGGCCACGGCACCUUCGCCAAGGUCUACCACGCGCGCAAUGUCAAGACCAACGAGAGCGUCGCGAUCAAGGUCAUCGACAAGGAGAAGGUCCUCAAGCUAAGCCUCACCGCGCACGUCAAGCGCGAGAUCUCCAUCCUCCGCCGCGUCCGCCACCCUAACAUCGUCCAAUUGUUCGAGGUCAUGGCCACUAAAACCAAGAUCUACUUCGUCAUGGAAUACGUCAAGGGCGGCGAGCUCUUCAGCAAGGUUGCCAAAGGUCGAUUGAAGGAGGAAGUCGCCAGGAAAUACUUCCAGCAGCUCAUCUCCGCCAUCUCCUUCUGCCACGCGCGCGGCGUCUACCACCGCGAUCUCAAGCCGGAGAACAUCCUCCUCGACGAGGAAGGGAAUCUGAAAGUCUCCGAUUUCGGAUUGAGCGCCAUUUCCGAGCAGAUCAAGCAGGACGGAUUAUUCCACACAUUCUGUGGCACGCCGGCGUACGUUGCUCCGGAGGUGCUUGGGAGGAAGGGGUAUAACGGUCAGAAGGUCGAUAUAUGGAGCUGCGGCGUCGUUUUGUUCGUUUUGAUGUCAGGAUACCUCCCCUUCCACGACCAGAACGUGAUGGCGAUGUAUAAGCGGAUUUACAAAGGGGAUUUCAAGUGCCCGAGGUGGUUCUCCCCCGAAUUGUACCGAUUGGUGACUCGUAUGCUCGAUGCCAAUCCGGAGACUAGGAUCACGAUCCCGGAGAUCAUGACCAACAGGUGGUUCAAGAGGGGGUUUAAGCACGUCAGAUUCUACAUCGAGGAUGACAAAAUGUGCAGCGUCAACGACGAAGACGUGUUCGAGGAUUGCCUCUCCGAGCUAUCGCAUUCGGAAUCAGACUCUGAGCUGGAGAUCAGGAGGAAGCCGCCAAGCCUGAACGCGUUCGACAUAAUCUCCUUCUCGCGUGGCUUUGAUCUGUCUGGGCUGUUUGAGGAAGGAGGCGCAAACAGUGGCUCGCGAUUUGUGACAACUGCGUCAGUUUCGACCGUGAUAACGAAGCUGGAGGAGAUCGCGAGGGUUGUGAGCUUUAUACUUAGGCAGAAGGAUUUCAGAGUGAGCCUCGAGGGGUCGAGGGAUGGUGUGAAGGGGCCGUUGACGAUUGCGGCUGAGAUAUUCGAAUUAACUCCGUUGUUGAGAGUGGUUGAGGUGAUGAGAAAGGGAGGUGACAGAUUAGAAUAUGAGGAAUUCUGUAACAAAAUAUUGAGGCCUGGAUUGCUCACCAUGGGAAUUGCUGAGGAUUCUAAACCUUCAACUGAUUUAGAUUCCGACAGUGAAUACAGUGACUCACAAGAGUAAAGAUAGCAUUUUGCUAUGUUUUCUUGGUUUAACCCUAGAGUUAGAUGAAGAUCAGAUAUAAGCUCCAUCACAGAAGAUGAAGUAGACCAUGUAAAAUCCUCUAGAGAAGAAUGCACUGCAUAGCUUAAUUGUUUGAUGUAAUCCCUCAAUAAUUGUGUAUGUAACAAUACACACUUUCCUUGUAAAUAAUACUUCAUUGUCAAAUUUUUGAAAGAUUUGUUAUUUUUCAAGCUGA